CUUCUUCUCGUUUCUUCACUCGCUCCCUGCUUCUCUUCUUCUCCUGCACCUUCUCCCCUCGUGAAUCGUCGAUCAUCCGCGUGAAGGAAGUUCUCAUUCACAGCAAUGUCUGGUCCCCAGUGCUGCGAAAACCCUCCGACCCUCAACCCGAGCGGCGGAGCGGGACACGUGGAGCAACUGGGUGGCCUCAACGCCUACGUCGUCGGCUCGCCGGAUUCCAAGGUCGCGACCCUUCUCGUCUCCGACAUCUUCGGGUAUGAAGCUCCGAAUUUGAGGAAACUUGCAGACAAAGUUGCAGCUGCUGGUUUCUAUGUUGUUGUUCCUGACUAUUUCAAAGGGGAUCCUUAUGCACCUGAGAAUCCUGAGAGGCCCAUAGGAGUUUGGAUAAAAGAUCAUGGAGCUGAUAAAGGAUUUGAAGAGACAAAACCAGUUAUUCAAGCUCUGAAAAGUAAAGGCAUAUCUAAGAUAGGGGCAGCAGGCUUCUGCUGGGGUGCUAAGGUUGUGGUUGAGUUAGCCAAGUGCGAGCUUAUCCAAGCUGCAGUGCUGUUACAUCCUUCAUUUGUCACUCUUGAUGAUAUCAAAGGAGUCAAGGUUCCUAUUGCUGUGCUAGGAGCUGAGAUGGAUCAUAUGUCUCCACCAGAACUUCUCAAACAGUUUGAAGAGGUGCUUGCGGCUAAGUCCGAGGUUGAUGGAUUCGUGAAGAUCUUUCCCAAAGUUUCUCAUGGAUGGACAGUGAGAUACAAGGUUGAAGAUGACGCUGCAGUGAAGUCUGCAGAGGAGGCUCAUUUAGGCAUGAUACAUUGGCUUGUGAAGUUUGUCAAGUAAGAAACCACAUCACACCUUUUAAUAAAUUGGAAGUAGGACGUGAUAUCUAGUAUGAAAUUGUCAGGCACUAUAUUUCUCGUGUCUCAGUUUAUCUAUGUGGUGUAAUGUGGAAGAGCCGGUAAUAAUAAAGUUAGAUCCGGAGUUCCUACAUAUUUUUGUCGUCAGUGUAAGAGCUCUUGUAUAAGCAUCCGGCCUUUAUAUUCCCUGUUCAGAUGUACGAUCUUGAAUUCUUAGCCCCACUGUCCUCAUUGUGCGAAGAUGAGUGGUUAAAGAGUGAUAUUCAUGUUGGA